GACUGGAGCCCGCUCUAGUCUGCACCUGGCAGCUUUUCGACCACUUGACACUGCUCGAAUCCUACUUCCACUUGCGACUCGUCAAACCCUACCAGCCUCCUACGUAUACGUCCCGCCUUCGAAACCUACCCUCUCCCAGCUCUUCAGACCGUUAGACCGCUUCCGUCACACCACGAUCAUACACGAUCAGGCCACUUGACGGACGAGAUUUCGCGAUCGAGGAAAAGAUUCCAACAAGAGAACAGCGUCUCGAAUUAUACGUCAGAGGUCAUAGGGUUGUCCUCUACGGUUUGUCCUAUCGGUUAAGUUCUCGGUCACCCCACGACCACCCGAUCACGCUCUGCGCCACCCCUCCAGGUCUACCUAACGGUCAGCACUUCGAGACGUAACGACAAAGCCUAGUCACAUCUCCGCUCACUCCUUAUUGUCUACCUUUCCUUACCAGGCCCCGUCCUGUAUACCCCUCCUUCACCAUGAGUCUUGCCAUUCCUCUCCCUAGCCACGGCUACAUGGCUGAGACCCACCCUUAUGCCGCUCCCCUUUCUUCUUCCGCUUCCUCUUCCACCUCAUCAGUAUUCUCAGACGCUGCGUCACAAGCGUCUAGCGCAAGCUCCACAUCGUCUCACUCAAACUGGGACUCGGAAGAAUGGAGUCGCAACCAAGUGGCACCGCCGACUAUUGUCGACCCUGCGAGCUUGUCAGCUUUCCAGCCCAUCAGCCGAGUUAGCACAUAUCCUCAGUACCAGUCUACGGUGUGCCGAGAGCCUGCACAGGAGAGGUUACCUUCCCUGCGCACUGAGCUAUUGGCACCUCUGGAGCAGCGACAGAAUCCUCGCCGAUCGUCGACCACUGUCAACCAGAAGCCCCCACCUCAAUUGGUACGGCAAUCCGACCGAAAGGUCAACUUCGUCGAUUGCCUCGUCGAUUCCGCUACUCAGAUGGUCGAGGUUAUCUGGCAACUUUCAGAGCCCAAGAGCCGUUGUGAGAAUGCUUCUGGGCGCGGAGUGCUCCCUCUCCGUAUGUUCAUCCAGGAGACCCUCCGUCGCUCCCGCACCAGCUACUCUACUCUCCAAGUUGCCCUGUACUACUUGAUCCUGAUUAAGCCUCACCUGCCCAAGCACGACUUUACAAUGUCGCAGCCUGAAGAUGCAUCUCUUCGUGCGCUGCAAUGUGGUCGUCGCAUGUUCCUUGCUGCGCUUAUCCUCGCUUCAAAGUACCUUCAGGACCGCAACUACUCGGCUCGCGCAUGGAGCAAGAUCUCCGGUCUUAAGGUUUGCGAGAUCAACACCAACGAGAUGGCUUUCCUCGAAGCUGUGAACUGGAAACUGCACAUUGUUGACUCGGUAUGGGAGAAGUGGCAAGAAGUCGUCCUGCGACACACGCCUACCCUUCCUCCGCCAUCACCUGGCGCUAGCAUCCCCAACACUUGGAAAGAUGUCAUUCCUAUUUUGACACCUGAGUUGGAUAUCGUCCAGUUGGCUCCCAAGAAGUCAGCAAACGCUCCCGUGCGUCCUCCUCUGAGGCCGCAGUUGAAUGCGUCGCCCUACCGCUGCCCAUCAAUGGAUGGCUACGGAUCGCAAGAGAGCACACCAACUCCAUCCCGCUAUCAGGUGCCUCGCUUCCUGGAGCCGAAGCCUGAUCUUCCCCACACUCCGUCACUGCCAUCCCUGGCUCGCUUGGGUCCCCUACCAACCCCGUCCUUGACGCCGCAAUCCAUCACCAGCAACACUCCUGCAGCGAGUGCCAUGGCUUUCGGAUCGCGCCGCCCAUCGAUGUGCACGGCAAUGCAACAGGCACAGUGCUCCUCACUGGCACGCACUUGUGUAGACCAGUUCAACCCAAGCAUCAGGAACGGACUGGAAGCUUACCACUUCCCAAGCCGACGACCUUCCCUGGCUCCUUCCAACUCGUCUCUAUCGUCCUCUCCAGAGUCAAUGAUCUCGGACAACUCGCGCACUUCUCGUGCUUCAUCAAUCUCGUCGGUCUCGUCUGCCGGCUGGGCGCCAAACCAAAGCCAGGCCAGCUUGGCUCGGUUGGCGACCUGCCGCAGCGCGAAGCUCCCGUACCCGGUUUUGUCGAAGUGCAAGGAGCAGUACGAGUAUGCUCCAAGUGAGCCCAUGUCCUCACCCGAUCUGGACAGCUUCCAUAUUGAUGACUCGGAUUCGUCGCCAGGCAAGGUCGACAGCCCUGCGUGCAUCACCCCCGCAAGCCGCAAGCGUGGAAGGUCUUCGGUCGAUCUCCAGCAGAAUGUGCGCCAUUUGCUUCACAGCACUCGCUCCGCAUUCGACCUUCGCGGUCAGAAGCCUGUGCUCCCUGAUAGAUCAGUGUCGCACUCAUUCGCCCUCUCAUCGCGCAGUGAACCAAAGGGGCUGCAGUCCCCUAAGAACACUGUUCCUUAUUGCUCGCGUCUUCCUAUCCAGAAGGACUUUGGCAAGAAGAGGUCGUGCUGCAGCACUGAGGUCGCGCAAGCCUACCGCCCACAAGGCCCAGGCAUGUGGGCUGGCAUCCUCUAAACAUGACAACAUCGUCAUCACAGUAUUGAAAGCCCAAAGAAGGCUAAAGAACAAAGAAAGAGAAGGAAGUAUCAACGCAACUACUCACUGUUCGUAUUUCACACACACAGUCACACUCUACAUUACCGUGUAUAUUUUCCUUCACCACCUCCGAACCAUCCACGUGUGUAUUCUCCUUUGGGCGUCACAACAGAUCUCAUUUGCUACUUAGCUCCGGUAUACCUAUUUGGGUUACUUUUGGCGUUUUCAACCUUACUACCAACUUGGCGUUUAUAUCUUUUCACG